CUUUGCAACCGCCACAAAACAGAGAAGAAGAAGAAAAACCCCAAAGACGACAGGACCAGGAAGAAGGCUCGAGAAACAUCAGUAAAGGUGAGCCAACAUGGGGGCUUUUCAAAGCUUGUUUAAAGGGUUGUUCAGCAAGAAAGAAAUGAGGAUCCUGAUGGUAGGACUGGAUGCUGCUGGAAAGACCACCAUCCUGUACAAGCUCAAACUGGGAGAAGUUGUUACCACAAUCCCGACUAUCGGCUUUAAUGUUGAGACGGUAGAAUAUAAGAACAUCAGUUUCACAGUGUGGGAUGUCGGUGGCCAGGACAAGAUCAGGCCACUCUGGAAGCAUUACUUCCAAAACACACAAGGGCUUAUCUUUGUAGUGGACAGUAAUGACAGGGAGCGAGCUAAUGAGGCGAGGGAGGAGCUGAUGAGAAUGCUGGCUGAAGAGGAGCUGACAUACGCUGUGCUGCUUGUGUUUGCCAACAAACAGGACCUGCCCAAUGCCAUGAAUUCAGCUGAGAUCACAGACAAGCUGGGCCUACACUCCCUGCGCAGUCGUAACUGGUAUAUCCAGGCCACGUGCGCCACUAGUGGAGAUGGUCUCUACGAGGGUCUCGAUUGGCUGUCAAACCAGCUCAAGAAAGGAAAAUGAUCCAUCAACCCCCCUCCUCUGUAUCUGCGGUGUGACAGGAGACUGUACUGGUCCUGGGCUCAUUCUCUCCUUUCUUCUCUUUCCUCUGAAGCGACCUUUGGCCAGUGCUUCUCUGCGUCUGGGCUCUGUAUGGGGUGUGUGUGUUUUUUGGAUGGAUGAAUAUGAGUGGGAGCAGCCACGUUGUGCCUUGAACACAAGUUAACUCUGUCAUUCCUGCAGUGUCAGCACAUCUAAAGGCAUUGGUCUCCACUAAGGACACAGGCUGUGUAGUCAUGUUAUUCAGCUUUUACAUUUGCUAGUGACAUUAAGGCCUUUUUUAUAACUGUUUAUUCACCUUGCAAGGACCCACGAUAAUUGCAAUGUAACCCAUGCUGUGUUUGAUGCGAUAAAGUAUAAUAUCAUACAAGUUCUUGAGAAAAUUGUGAGUUUUGGAGAUAUAAGUUAUGACUGCAGCAGUAAACACUGGAUAAUUAUUGAUUCUCUCAUAUAGUUUUAGAAUAUUUUGUUUGAAACUUCAAGUCUGUGUACUGUAGGUCCUGUUAAUGGUCAAAAUGCUUUUUUAGCAUCCAUUCCUAAAGAUAAGUUUCCCUAUUUUUUUAAUUGUGUCUUCAGGUUUUAAUCAGGUUACAUCCCAUCUAUGAAAAGCAAUAACCUGCCUUUUAUUUUCACUUGGCCCAUCUUUUUUUUACAUGAAUGCGAUCUAUAAUAGACAAAUGUUACAGCGUAUGUUUACAUAUAUGGAGGUGUAUUGAGUGUAGCGGCUGGUGGAUGUGUGUAUCCUUGUGGUGCUGUGUGGGUUGCAGCUUUGUCUAGUUACUGGAACAGUGAUGCCUUUUUUUGCCGUGGGAGUUUCUCCCCUUCUGGCUUUUUAUUUACUGAUAGUCUUCUUUAGGUCCGUUGUUUGUUUUUUUUUUUAAUGUUACUGUUGAUGCACGCAUGACCUGGUUUACUUUAGCAUGACCUGACGUGCCAGGUGUGCAGUCUUUUGAGUAAAAUGCUCUCGGGACCAAUUGGUUUGAUUCACAAAGGGCUCACUGUGUUUGUUUGAUUCGCUUGCAGAGCAUGAGUUUGCCCCCUCCUGUGUUUUCUAGAGGACAUACUUAGUGCUGUGAUUGACGGUACAGUUGAAUUGGACCUGUUGCUCUGGCGUACUACAUGAGUCAGCACUGCAAAUGCUUCCUUAAUGGUUCAGGCUUUAUGGUGUUUUCCCUGCAUGUAACCAGAGCAUGGACACUUUGUCCCUCUGGUGCCUUUUGCACAACCUCAUCAACUUGCACAACUGAGGCCAAUAUGGGGACAGCAAUUUGUCCAUCAGCCUUUGCAAUGAACCCGUAGACAAUCGCCGUUCCCAUUUCUCUGUGCCAGCAGAUUGAUUUGCACCAGUUAACCCAGUAAUAGAGUAGUUUUUCCAAACACAUCCACUGAUACCAAAGGCUCCUUCAAUUAAUAUAAAAACAAUCUUAAACUGUCCCCACCCCUUACUGAGAGAAGAUGACUCUAAGAUAAAAAAAAAAUCCACUGACCUUUUAAGGAAAAUCAUUUGUCCCUUCUGUUUUUCUACAAAUGGACAUUUAAAUAUUUGUUUGUUUGUUUGCGGGGUUUUCUGGGCAAGUUUGGGUAACUGAUCAACUUUUCUUUUGGGUGUUCGUUAACUUUACAUUGGGGUGUUUCUUUAGCAUCAGUAGAGUUCAUAGGAUAAGUAAGGUGAUCUGCUUUACAGCGAGAAAUACAAAUGUAUAUAAUGUUUUGUAAGAAAAUGUAUUUAAACUCGACAUUGUCCACCUACCCUUGUUCAAAUGAGAAGCUUUAAUUUUCAAGAUAGUUUCCGUACAAAUGAUAAGGUAGGCGCAUAUGUAUGUCUUGAUUACCUUCUUAAGCUUUUUUAAACUCAUUUUAUACCAUCUGAUUAAUGCACUAUAAUAAAGAGGUCUCUAUUGUACUUCUGCUCUACUGGCAUUUUCAUUGGAAAACUUAAAAAUAAAGUUAAAAAAAUUCAUAUGAAAAA